CAUUAAUUGGAAUUCGURAAAUACUGAACCGUGAGUUACGACCGUUAUGUCUACUGUCUAGGCAAUUUUAAGUCUUUAUAGAAUAUUUACUUAUUACUCGGCAGGUACUGACUACUGAGUAAUCGUUUAUUGAUCAAUUGUGAUUUGUGACGAAUCACGAGUUUUAUGCAUUUCAGUGGUUGUAAAUACCGUAGUCUAAUAUCGAUUAAACGAAUAUUUUGUCGUUUCUUUAAAAUGCCAAUUUACGCUGUAAUUUUCAAGACUUCGAAAACCGGUGCAAUAGCCGAAAACUGGGAGAGGGCUCGUGGUUUGAGAGAUGCUACUCCUAAUUCAUAUGCCAAAAAAUUUGAUAUUAAAAUAGAGGCUGAAAAAUAUAUUAAAGAUUUAAAAUUCCAGAUUGUGCAAAAAACACAUAACACUAAUGAUCAUUUCAAAGGUGUGAAAAGAAAAAGAUCCGAGAAUUCAUAUACUCCUAUGARUUUAGUGAAAGAUCACAUAAGAAAAAUUAAGAUGGCAUUUAAUGAUUUGCAAGUUGCUGUAUCAUCAAUUUCAGGAUUUUCUGUGACCUGUAUUGACCAAUUGAAGAUUUUAGACGGUGAAGUUAUUGGUAAACUUCAUGAGAUAUUGCAUGUGAAUAAAACUGAAUUCGAAGAAGAUUUUUCCUUAAAUGGAACAAAAAGUAUGYUGUUAAAUAGCAACCUGACAUUUUCUGAUGAAAAAGAACUGUGUUCUUCAAAUAUUGAUUCUAUUGAUGAUACCGACCUACUCCUAUCCGAUCUAGAAUCAGCAAAAAAAUCUUUCACAUUUAAUGAAAAAAAUGAAGUUGUUGUUUAUACGGAUGGCGCUUGUUCAAACAAUGGCUAUAAAGGAGCAUCUGCUGGGGCUGGAGUAUGGUUUGGAAAUCAUCAUCCUCUGAAUUUAUCAAUAAAAGUACCUGGAACACAAACUAACAACAACGCAGAGAUAUUUUCUACUAUUAAAGCAAUUGAACGUGUUAAUUCUACUGGUCUCACUAGAAUAAGUAUACAUACAGAUUCAGAUUUUGUCAUUAAAAGUGUAAAUGAAUGGAUGCCACGUUGGCUGGCUAAAGGAUGGAAAACCAGUGCAGGGGCCGAUGUAAAAAACAAAGAAAUGUUUAUGUUAUUAAAUAAAAGAAUCCAAUCAAUGGAUUCUGUUAGCUGGAUAUAUGUUCCUGGCCAUAAAGGCAUUACUGGUAAUGAAGAAGCCGAUAAGUUAGCCAGGAUAGGGGCCAAGAUGUAAGGGGGAUAUUUUUAAAACUUCACGUUUGUUAUUUACUGAUUAAAUUUAUAUGCGUUUCUUAUUUCAAAUUAACGAGGAAAAAAUGUGAUAUUAUAUGUUAUGUAAAUUUUAAAUCCAUUUAUUCAUUUAACAGCAAUUACGUCAGAAACGCAAGAUUUAGUUGAUGUAUGUAUAUUUUAAACAAUAAAGCCAACAUUUUAUACUUAAAAGA